AUGGUAAAUUUCAAUUGGAUUAUAAUUAUAAUCAGUAUUUUAUGUAUAUCUACAAAUGCUGAAUUGGAUAACAAUUCUCAUAAUUUACCAAAAUCAAUAAGUGAACUUAAACAACAUUAUGAUGUUGUUAAUAAUUUAGAAAAACGUGGUAUUUUAAAUUCCGAUGUUGCUAUUCAAGAAAAACGAUUAUAUAUUGAAUCUGCAUCGAAAAUUGUUGGAAGUAAAGAAUUGUUAACUGAAGAAGAAUUUCUUACUUGGCAGCAACGACAACUGAUUGUAUCGUUUUCAAAUAUAAUAGCUAUUUUAGCUGGAAUUAUUGUAAUUAUUGCAUUAUCAAUAUUAGUAGGUAUUUUCAUAGUACCAAUAUUAAUUCAUGUACCAGUUAUUAUUUGGGAAAUAUUAUUUUAUAUCAUAUCCAUUUUUUUAAUGAUAUUUAUAAGUAAUUCAUGGUUAAUAUUCUUAGGUUGCCUUACAUUUGUAGCAACAUUAUCAUUUACAAUAACAUACCAUUUUUCAAGAGAAAAAUAUGCUGGUUUAGUCGCAUCUUGGAUAUGUUUUCUUGUUUGGACAUUUGUUGCUCUAUAUCAACAACAUCGAGAAGCUGGUUAUUUAGCUGUUAUGGCUUUAGAAUCUGCAUUAGGUUUUGUAAUAUUUGUUGGACAAUUAGUUAUUGUAAUUGGUUUUCAAAAUGAAAAAAUUAUUCCAAGUGCUACCAUAGCUUCAUUUAUUUUACUUCUUAUUGGUUGUAUUUUACAUAUUCAACAACGAUCAAAUAUAUUAACAAUACCAUUUACUCGACCAUUAUUACUUUUAGGUACAUUUGUUUAUUUUAUUGGAAUGCUUAUUCUUACAUCUCGUUUGUAUGAUGAGUGGCGAGAAAAAAAAUAUAUUUUUUGGAUAUUACAAAUCAUUACAUUUUUCAGUGGACUAGCAACAAUGUUUUUCGGUCCGAUGCUUGAAAUACCAUUUAUUCAAGCAGUUGGUGGAACAAUGUUUGUUAUAUGGUUAUUAGAAAAAUAUGUUGAAUUUGCACCAUGGAAAGAUACAUUUACAGUUGUUUUGAGUUUAUUAGGUUUUGGAAUAUUAUUAUAUGGGUUUGCAUAUUUUUUACAAACAAAUCCUCAAUAUUUUAUUUUUCAUAGUUAUUCUUCGAAAUAA